GUGGCCGCCACUGCUAUGGGAGACUCCGGCGCGGAGCCGGCCCCGGGGACAGGCUCGGAUGCGGCGCCCGGCGCCGGCGCGCAGGGCAAUGGUGGCACGUCCCUCAGCGUCAUCACGGAGGGCGUGGGCGAGCUGGCGCUCAUCGACGCCGAGGUGGCCAAGAAGGCGUGCGAGGAGGUGCUGGAGAAGGUCAAGCUGCUGCGCGGCGCUUCCCUGGACGCCGAGAGGGACCUGCCCAACGGAGCCGGCGGAGACGCCUGUGAGAUCCGCUGCCUGGACGAGGACGCGGCCUCGGGGAUCCAGGAGGAGGACGAGGCGACGGCCAGCGCGCUGAAAGUGGCGCGGCGGCGGCAGAAGAACAACUCGGCCAAGCAGUCGUGGCUGCUGCGCCUCUUCGAGUCCAAGCUCUUCGACAUCUCCAUGGCCAUUUCCUACCUGUACAACUCCAAGGAGCCCGGCGUGCAGGCCUACAUCGGCAACCGCCUCUUCUGCUUCCGCAACGAGGACGUGGACUUCUACCUGCCGCAGCUGCUCAACAUGUACAUCCACAUGGACGAGGACGUGGGCGACGCCAUCAAGCCCUACAUCGUGCACCGCUGCCGCCAGAGCAUCAACUUCUCGCUGCAGUGCGCGCUGCUGCUGGGCGCCUACUCCUCGGACAUGCACAUUUCCACGCAGCGGCACUCCCGCGGGACCAAGCUGCGCAAGCUCAUCCUCUCGGACGAGCUGAAGCCGGCGCACAAGCGGAGGGAGCUGCCGCCGCUGAGCGCGGCGCCCGAGACGGGGCUCUCGCCCUCCAAAAGGACUCACCAGCGCUCCAAGUCGGACGCCACCGUCAGCGUGAGCCUGGGCAGCAACCUCAAGCGCACGGCCAGCAAUCCCAAAGUGGAGAGCGACGAGGAGGAGCUCUCCUGGAGCGCGGACAGUCCGGAGCGGUGCCUCCGUUCCCCCGUGCGCCUGGCCCCGGAGCGCGAGUUCAUCAAGUCGCUGAUGGCCAUCGGGAAGCGGCUGGCCACGCUGCCCACCAAGGAGCAGAAGACGCAGCGCCUCAUCUCGGAGCUCUCGCUGCUCAACCACAAGCUGCCCGCCCGCGCGUGGCUGCCCACGGCCGCCUUCGAGCACCACGUGGUGCGCGUGCCGCACACGCAGGCCGUGGUGCUCAACUCCAAGGACAAGGCUCCCUAUUUAAUCUACGUGGAAGUACUUGAAUGCGAGAACUUCGACACGGCCAGCGUGCCCGCUCGCAUCCCCGAGAACCGCAUGCGGAGCACGCGCUCGGCCGAGAACCUGCCCGAGUGCGGCAUCACGGCCGAGCAGCGGGCCGGCAGCUUCAGCACCGUGCCCAACUACGACAACGACGACGAGGCCUGGUCCGUGGACGACAUCGUGGAGCUGCAGGUGGAGCUGCCCGAGGUUCACGCCAACAGCUGCGACAACAUCUCCCAGUUCUCCGUGGACAGCAUCACGAGCCAGGAGAGCCGGGAGCCCGUGUUCAUCGCGGCCGGCGACAUCAGGCGCCGCCUCUCGGAGCAGCUCGCCCACACGCCCACGGCCUUCCGGAGGGACCCCGAGGACCCCUCCGCUGUGGCCCUCAAGGAGCCGUGGCAGGAGAAAGUCAGGAGGAUCCGGGAAGGGUCUCCCUACGGCCACCUGCCCUCGUGGCGCCUGCUCUCCGUCAUCGUCAAGUGUGGGGACGACCUGCGGCAGGAGCUGCUGGCCUUCCAGGUCCUCAAGCAGCUGCAGGCCAUCUGGGAGCAGGAGCGGGUGCCCCUGUGGAUCAAGCCGUACAAGAUCCUGGUGAUCUCGGCCGACAGCGGCAUGAUCGAGCCCGUGGUCAACGCCGUGUCCAUCCACCAAGUCAAGAAGCAGUCGCUGCUGUCGCUGCUGGAUUAUUUCCUGCAGGAACACGGCAACUACACGACCGAGGCCUUCCUGACGGCGCAGAGGAACUUCGUGCAGAGCUGCGCCGGCUACUGCCUCGUGUGCUACCUGCUGCAGGUCAAGGACAGGCACAACGGCAACAUCCUGCUGGACGCGGACGGACACAUCAUCCACAUCGACUUCGGCUUCAUCCUCUCCAGCUCGCCCAGGAAUCUGGGCUUUGAGACGUCCGCCUUCAAGCUCACCACCGAGUUCGUGGACGUCAUGGGCGGCCUGGACGGCGACAUGUUCAACUACUACAAGAUGCUGAUGCUGCAGGGCCUCAUCGCCGCGCGGAAGCACAUGGAUAAAGUGGUGCAGAUCGUGGAGAUCAUGCAGCAGGGCUCCCAGCUGCCCUGUUUCCACGGCUCCAGCACCAUCCGCAACCUGAAGGAGCGGUUCCACAUGAACAUGACGGAGGAGCAGCUGCAGCUGCUCAUCGAGCAGCUGGUGGACGGCAGCAUGCGCUCCAUCACCACCAAGCUCUACGACGGCUUCCAGUACCUCACCAACGGCAUCAUGUGAGGCCGCGGCGGGCCGCCGGACU